AAUACGGUGGCGGCAAUGUUAUGGAGUUUCCGCUGCAUCUCUGCUUUCAUGCCAUCAGCAUAGGAAGCUAACGCUGGAGCUAAGCUACAGUCUAGUUAGGCCUCUGUCAGAAAGAUCGACGGGGAAGUGACUAACCUUUCUUUAUGAAUCUACACGAGAACAGUUAAAAUUACAGAAAUAUGGUGGUUCUCAAAAUAAGAGACCAGCCUCCUUUGCUGAAAGCAAUCUUUAACGUGGACCCAGAUGAAGUACGCUCCCUCAUAUUCAAAAAAGAGGAUGUGAAUGUGCAGGAUAAUGAGAAGCGAACGCCUCUACAUGCCGCUGCCUAUCUUGGAGAUGCAGAAAUUAUUGAGCUACUGAUUCUUUCAGGUGCAAGAGUAAAUGCCAAAGAUAACAAGUGGUUGACUCCUCUGCACAGAGCUGUGGCCUCCUGCUGUGAGGAGGCGGUCCAGGUUUUGCUGAAACACUCUGCAGACGUGAAUGCCAGAGACAAGAACUGGCAGACGCCGCUUCACAUCGCUGCAGCCAACAAAGCCGUUCGCUGUGCUGAAGCCCUUGUCCCUCUCCUCAGUAAUGUGAAUGUAUCGGACCGAGCAGGCCGCACUGCUCUCCACCAUGCAGCCUUCAGCGGUCACUUAGAGAUGGUGAGGCUCCUUCUCUCCAGAGGUGCAAACAUUAAUGCUUUUGACAAGAAGGAUCGUCGUGCAAUCCACUGGGCAGCCUAUAUGGGGCACAUAGAGGUGGUGAAGUUGCUGGCUUCUCAUGGAGCUGAGGUUGCUUGCAAAGAUAAGAAAUCCUACACCCCCCUACAUGCUGCAGCCUCUAGUGGAAUGAUCAGUGUUGUAAAAUACCUUCUGGAUUUAGGGGUGGAUAUCAAUGAACCUAAUGCUUAUGGAAACGCACCACUCCACGUGGCUUGCUACAAUGGGCAGGAUGUUGUUGUGAAUGAGCUCAUCGACUGUGGAGCUAAUGUUAACCAAUUGAAUGAGAAGGGUUUUUCACCCCUACAUUUCACUGCCGCCUCUCGCCCAGGUGCGCACUGCCUGGAGCUCCUGGUGUGCAACGGAGCAGAAGUUAAUAUAAAGAGUAAAGAUGGGAAGACUCCGCUCCACAUGACGGCUAUCCAUGGAAGGUUUUGUAGAUCUCAAGAGAUCAUUGAAAACGGUGCUGAGAUUGACUGUGAAGAUAAAAACGGAAAUACGCCACUGCACAUCGCAGCUCGAUACGGACACGAGCUCCUCAUCAACACCCUCAUCACUAACAAAGCUGACACAGCGAAACGAGGGAUUCACGGAAUGUUUCCGUUGCAUUUGGCUGCUCUCAGCGGCUUCUCAGACUGUUGCCGAAAGCUUCUGUCUUCAGGCUUUGAUAUUGAUACUCCAGAUGACUUUGGAAGGACCUGUUUACACGCUGCAGCUGCUGGAGGGAACUUGGAAUGUCUCAAUCUUCUUCUGAACACUGGGGCAGACUUUAAUAGAAAGGAUAACUUUGGCAGGACCCCUCUCCAUUACGCUGCUGCUAAUUGUAACUAUCAGUGUCUGUUUGCUCUGGUGGGCUCUGGAGCUGGCGUCAACGAUUUAGAUGAGGGGGGCUGCACCCCACUCCACUACGCCGCUGCCUCCGACACAGAUGGAAAGUGCCUGGAGUAUUUAUUAAGAAAUGAUGCAAAUCCAGGGAUUCGGGACAAUCAGGGCUUCAACGCUGUGCACUACGCCUCUGCGUACGGACACCGUCUUUGUCUGGAGCUGAUUGCUAGUGAAACACCUUUAGAUGUGCUAAUGGAAACCUCAGGGACAGACAUCCUGAAUGAUUCUGAUGUCAGACCUCCUGUCAGCCCCCUGCACCUUGCUGCAUACCAUGGUCACCACCAAGCGAUGGAGGUUCUGGUGCAGUCUCUGCUGGAUUUGGAUGUUAGAAACAGCCAAGGACGGACGCCCUUAGACCUGGCUGCCUUUAAAGGCCAUGUAGAAUGUGUGGACGUCCUUAUCAACCAGGGAGCCUCCAUCUUGGUCAAAGAUUUUGUCCAGAAGCGAACCCCUAUACAUGCUGCAGCAACUAAUGGUCAUUCAGAAUGUUUACGUUUGCUGAUUGGAAAUGCUGAUCUUCAAAGUGCUGUCGACAUUCAAGAUGGGAACGGCCAGACCCCACUGAUGCUGUCUGUCCUGAGUGGACACACAGACUGCGUGUAUUCUCUUCUUAACAAGGGAGCCAAUGUAGAAGCCAAAGACAAAUGGGGGAGGACAGCAUUACAUAGAGGGUCUGUGACCGGUCACGAGGAAUGUGUGGAGGCCUUACUUCAGCACAGCGCCAAUGCCCUGGUACGAGACUGUAAAGGGCGCACGCCGAUCCACCUGGCAGCGGCUUGCGGACACAUUGGGGUACUCGGAGGCCUUUUGCAUGCUGCCCAAUCAGUGGAAACACUGCCUGCCUUAACAGACAGCCAAGGCUACACCCCACUGCACUGGGCCUGCUACAAUGGCCAUGAUACAUGUGUGGAGGUUUUGCUCGAACAAGAGAUUUUCCACAAGGCUGAAGGCAAUUCUUUCAGUCCUCUCCACUGUGCUGUAAUUCGGGACAAUGAAGGCGCAGCUGAGAUGUUGAUAGACACUUUAGGUCCUACUAUUGUCAACUAUAAAGACAGCAAAAACAGGACCCCCCUGCAUGCCGCUGCCUUCACAGACCAUGUGGAGUGUCUACAGCUGCUGCUGAGCCACAACGCUCAGGUCAACUGUGUUGAUGCUGCAGGAAAGACCCCGCUGAUGAUGGCUGCUGAGAACGGUCAGACCAACGCUGUCGAGCUACUGGUCAGCAGUGCAAAAGCAGAUCUCACUCUACAGGAUGCUGCAAAGAACACUGCACUACAUCUGGCCUGCAGUAAGGGACAUGAAACCAGUGCCUUGUUGAUAUUGGAGAAGAUUACAGACAGAAACUUCAUAAAUGCUACAAACGCCGCCUUACAGACACCCCUCCAUGUGGCUGCAAGAAAUGGGCUGAUUGUGGUGGUGCAGGAGCUGCUUGCAAAGGGGGCCAGUGUCCUUGCGGUCGAUGAAAACGGUUACACGCCCGCCUUGGCUUGUGCCCCCAACAAAGACGUUGCAGACUGCCUCGCUCUCAUCCUGGCCACCAUGAUGCCUGUUUCCCCCUGCACCUUGGCGCCCACCCUUCCUUUCAGUGCCGUUAACCACUACACCACCAGCCCCUCCAAGAGCGCCACCUUCGACAGCCUGCCAACGUUGCGCAGCGACCACACCUCCUACUGCAGCUUCAACAACAUCAGCCAUCACGACGGCUUCUACAAAGACGAGGAACUCAAUGACUCUGAUUCCGAGACGUACUGAAGCAGGCAAAAGAGGAAUGGCGCUGAAUGCACAAGCACAUACACUGUGUCUUAAAAACAAAAAGAAUCACCUACCACAAGCUUGGGAGGGCUUCUCAAGACGCAAUCUCCUAAACAGGAGCCUUGAGAGUCUCCACUGGAGAGCAAAAGAAGGGAGGAGGUGCAACAGGCUGGCCCAUGCUCAUCCCAACCUUAUCCAGCACAAGGUGCCCUUCAGCUGAUACUGGAGCUCAGUAACCACUGCUUUACCAACGCUGACUCUUCAAGUGUUAGAAACUGAUGUUGUCUGGCAGAAGGCAGCUGUUUUAAGGCAAUAACAUGCUGAAAAGGUGUGUGUGCACACCAAUGGAUAGUUACACCAAGAGGGACCAAAAGAGUUUUAACUCUGUUUUAACUACGUAAAUGACUAAGUUUGAUUUCAGUUGGCUUUUUCUGAUCAGUAAGGAUAAAGAGAGUAGUUUCCAUCCAGUAUCUGCACACUACAUCUGUCAUAAUGAAUUUAAAACUUGUACUUCAUAUUGGGGGGGGUCAUGUAUUUUUCAAAAAUCAAAAUUUUAAUAAACAAAUUUAAAUGUCUUAAACUCCCUUUUUAUUUUAAAUGGCUGAUUCACUAUCCUGAGUAAAUUUCAGACAUUUGUUACAUGUGACAGGUUAUUAGAGAUCGACCUUACCUUUGUAUAUUCACCUCUUCAUCACAGUUUAGAAUUGAAAUGACUAAUUAUUUGUACACUUUUGGUUCAUUUUGUUUGUUCAUUUUGUGCCUUCUAAGUUAAAAAAAAAAUGGGUUUGGAGAGGCAGCUGUGAAAUUGUGCUUUUGGUGAGUUUAACCACUGAUCUGGCACUGAGGAAUCUCUGGCUCUGCUUGGACAUGAGAAACACUGAAAAUGAAUAUAAUUGCAUUUUGGAAAGCAUUUGGUUUUCUUCCAAGUGACGUUUGUUCUUUCUAAUAUUAGUUUUGCUUGCUUUAACUUAAAUUAAAAAAACAACAAAAAACAAAACAAGACUCUUAUACCAGAAUGCAGAAACUCACAGUUUUGAUCAUUAAAAUGCUAUUUUAACUGGAAGUGUGUACAUUUGUUAGAAUCGAUAGAAUGGGAAGAUUUUCAUUUCUUUCCCUUGCUUUUUCUUGAAGAGGAAUGAAACUAGCAUGUACAUAGAAAUUUUGACUGUGAAUUCAAAAUUGCAUUGAGUUCUUUCAGUACUGAGAUUGCUGUAUAUUUUAUGAGUAAUAAAUGAGUUAUUU